UCAAAAAACUGGUUCGCCAGGAGGGAUUGCGUAAGAUCUUCUCGAUUAUGAAGCGUUAUUUAAGCUGAUCUGAAGCACAGCCAAGGCCAGAGAAGACAUUGGAGUUGAAGUUUCAAGAUGAUCAAGCUGUUUUAUCCUUUGGCCGCAGUGCUGCUGUGUUUUGUCUUCGCCACAGCGCAGGUUGUGCCAAAUACAGAGAUCGGCCGGAUUACCAUCCAAGUGCCGUUGCUGUCCAAUGGAAAGCCCGUGAUCCUCACCAACCAGGAUAAGGAGGAAGUGGCCCAUGUGGAGGAGAUCAAGCCGGGCAAGGUGCAUGUAGUCCAGGAGGUAGUGGUUCCCCCAACGGUCAAGUCGGAGAGCAAGGUCCGUGUGGCCAGAGCGGUGGGAGGAUACAAUUCUGGACUCCCAAAUCCAGGCAUCCCCAAUCAUGGUAUUCCGAAUCGUGGCAUUCCCAAUGACGGCAUUCCUAACCCUGGAAUUCCCAUUGACGGUAUUCCCAAUCCUGGUAUCCCCAAUCAUGGAAUUCCCAAUCCUGGUAUCCCCAAUCAUGGCAUUCCGAAUCGUGGCAUUCCUAAUGAUGGAAUCCCCAAUCCUGGUAUUCCUAACCAUGGCAUUCCCAAUCCUGGCAUCCCAAACCAUGGAAUACCCAAUCCUGGAAUUCCCCAUCCCGAAGCCUCCGAAAUCAAAUCGGUUAUGGUGACCACUGCACCUGCAACCACCGAGAUGCCAAAACGAGUGACCACCCGGAACUGUCACCAACUCCUAAUGGGUGGAAUGACCACUACGUCCCCAUCAGAGGUGACCAGUGUGCCGGUGGAGAGCUGCGAUGAGCUGUGCACCAAACUGGAAUACGUUCCGAUCUGCGGCUACAAUGGCGACUGCAUCCACGAGUUCUCCAACCAGUGUGUGAUGGACUCCUUUAACUGCCGGCAUCGGCAGCAGGUCUUCCGGGCAGUGGACGACGAUGUCUGCCGGUUGGGAGUUUGUGUGAGAAGAUGCAAAGAGGAGGAUCUCAAGCAUUAAUCCUAAAAUUAUAACUGCAUUAGUUUCUAAAGUCAUAUUAAUAUCAUAAAUAAAUCCGAUUCAAAUCAUUUUAAUUCAA